AUGCAAAACUUUAAGCUUGGUCCGGGCCAACAAGCAACAACUUUAAACGCGGGUUCUUCUAGCGCUUAAAAGCAGCAUGCCCUGCCUUCGAGUCUUUCAACAUAUGAAAAAUUCGAUGUUUGCACCGACAUAGAGAUAAAAAUAGUGUCUGGCAUUAUUUUUGGAAUUCUGCAUCAAAGCUCAAAUCCAGCUCAUAAAUCUCAAAACUCACCAGAGACUCUUUUGGCUGAGUUAAGCAGUAUCACAAUGGAUCAUUACGAAAGUGUUGUAGAUAUAAUCAUGAGUUUGUUAUCGGUUUCUUAUGAUUAUCUAAAGGAAAAUACUCUGAGGCAAAUCAUUUGGAUAUGCGAGAAUCUUAUUAGCAAAGCAGUGCCUAGGCUGAUUGAAAUAUUUCUGGAACUCUCAAGAUGCAUCAGUCCUAUACUCACAGAUAAGAAAUCACUCUACAUAAAUUAAGCAUUGCUUGACACUUUCCACAAAAACUUCUAAUGGCUAAUCUGUCAUCCAGUCAGAUUUGCAAGUGUGAUAUUCUUUAAAUUCUUGAGAUAAAUAGAGGAACAUAUUACAAUGGAUGAUCUAAGGGACAGUGAAAUCGCGCUUUGUCUGAAAAUAUGGCAGUAUAAAAACCAAGAAUGCUAUGACAUUGGCAGAGAUUUCAUGAGAGUCUUCAUCAAUGUCAUUAAGAUUCCUAAGUUUCAGCCGAUCUUGGAUGAUUUGUUAUAAACAAUAGAAGGAAGACCUCUUUACUAUCAUCUUCAAUCAAUGCACAAAAGACCUUAGCAAUAAUACAUUCGCAAUGAUGAAUAUAUUAGACAUCUCAUCCCUCGAAGUGUGGAGAAAAAGCUUCAUUUCAUGCUUACACAGAUUCCUUUAGAAGCCUAUUAAUGGUAUUUGAAAUGGCUGGUAGACUCAAUAAAGGUUUAGUAUGGCACAGACUCUGAAACUAUUAUGGUUGAUAUUGUGAGGCAUAUUGUAGUAAAUAUGGUUCAGGAUGAUAGCCUCAGACAAUCAAACAUUUUACCAAGAUAUGUCUUAAUUGCUGGGAUAAUCAACAGUCAGAAGCAUGAAAUCUUAACAUGCAAUACUCUCUAGGCUUUAUUUAUUGAUUGGCUCUUUUUUGACGAGUCUCAGAUAUCUCUAUAUGAACCGGGGUUGCUUUUGAUUUUUAAAUCAGUAGAUAAGUAUCCUUAAUUAUCUGAAAGAUUGAUUGAGUAUUUGUACUGGACAGUUCACUAGUAUGAUGAAACAAGAGUCUAAGAGUUUAGUCUUAGUGUUUAAAAAGUUUUCAUUCUUUUUGAAAAAAGAAAGCUGAUAAAUGGUAAAAUCACAGAUCUUAUAAAUAAUCCAAGACUCUAACCUGGCAUCUAAAAUAAGCUAAAAAAACUCUACACUGCUGAUCAAGUAAUUUCUAUUUUUAUCAAUAAGUUUAGAUAAUUACAUAGCAGGCCUGAUUAUGAUAAAGUACACUAACAGACAUUAGAUAACAGUGACUACACGAACAGCAGUCCACCACAUGAGGAAAUAGAUAUUAAGAAAAGAGAUUAUUAAGAUGAUAAUGAUGACUCCCUUGAAAAUAUAGGGUCAGUUACAUCAAUGUUGGGAAGCAAAGUCAAUACAAUAAGUUCUCCAUAAUAUGAAAUUGAGGAUGAUAACAUAAUGAAUACAAGCUAGGAGGCUACUUCAGAGAAUUAAGCUAUUAGUGAAGAGUUAAUGUAUAACCCUGAUCACGAUUAUGCAGAACCAUUAAGUAAUUAGUAGAUGACAAUAGAUGAAAGCAAUGGCAGUAAAUCAUCAAACUCUGAAUCAAGUUCGAGUUCAUCAAAUGAGAGUAUGUCAGAAGAGGAGAGUGACCAAGAUAAAAUAAAAGCUAAAGAUAAAGUUAAAUAGACGCAAGCAAAUAUUGUAAAAAUAGACAUUCAAGUUCCAGACUACAUUGUCUAAAAAUUACUCAACAAAGAUAUUUUAACCAAGUAUUUAUCAAACCCAAGCAUUUAAGAACUUAAAAAGCUACUAGAUGAGCAGAUCAAGGCAGAUUUCUCUGAAGUAGCUUUUAUCAUCUAUGAAAGUUUGAAAGAGAGCCUAAGCCAAAACAACUUAUUGCCCUUAACUGCUGGGAAAAAGGAAUUUACCCCUAAAUAUAUAUAAAAGUUCUUCAUAAAGUACUAGAGAUCAAAUAUGAAUGAAUAAGCAGUUCAGAUUACAGACAGCAUUCUCAAUCAAAGUCUUCAGUAAAUGAUUCAGCAAUGCCUAGAAAAAUUGGUUUAAUCAUUCUAGAUAAAACUACUGAAUUAAAUCUUCAUUUCCAAUCUAAUCAGACUCUUUUCUCAAUAUGUUUUAGAUCAUGAAUACUUCUUACAGACUGUUAUUAUCUAUUCAGUUCCUGAUAUCUUUAAUAAAAAACAACUAUUAUGGCUCAGAUUUAAAGUAUUUUUAAGCAGCAGCCAGUACCGCCAUAUCUUAUCUAAUAGAAAUAUUGGGCUAUCAUAAACGCACAUUAGAUAUUAGAGCUACGGCUAGAAAAAGGAAUCAGUGAGGUGUUUGCUCCUACCUUUCAAGGGUAUAAAAAUUUCCUUCAAUUUUACUUCCUCUUUACAUCUUAAGAGAUUUAGCAAAGUAAGGAUUUAAACUUUCACAUUUAUUGACAAUUCAGGAUAAAAAUAAUAUGAUUACGCUCUUGAAAUGAAGAAUUUCUUUGAUAUAUUGAAUGAAUUCGCAGAUAGUGCAGAACUAUAUAAAGAAAUUUAGUCUGCUGUUGAUACUAGUAUGUCCUGUAUUUCAGAUAUUACUCUAACGAUCACAUUUAAAAAGCUAGUGGAGGAGUAUAAAGUUAAUCCUAGGAUUAGUGAUAAUGUAGCAUUUAUGAAAGGCUUGAUGAGUUAUUUAAAGAGCUCUAAUAAUGCUAGGAUGCAAAAGAUCCUUUCAGAGGAUUCAAACUUUCUAGCGAUUUCAUCAGGCUUUUAAUGA